GAAAGAAACAGAGCACAUGCUCGAGUAGUACAGUUUGAACAAGGACCAGCUGGGCGACAAAGAAUGGUGGUGUCCUCAGACCACCUCCUACAUCUACUUGAACUGAACUUGUCUGUGCCAUCUAUAGCCAAACUCAUGGGAAUCUCCAGGAGCACACUAUACAGGCGUAUGGGCGACUUUGGUUUCUCAGUGAGAUCACAGUACUGCACCUUGACAGACGAAGAACUGGACCAAUGUGUGAGAGAGGUAAUAUCCAGGCAGCCUCACUCUGGAUAUAGAAUGGUGAAGGCUCUUCUGCAAGCCAGAGGACUGAGGGUGCAGUACGAGCGUGUGAGAGCCUCCAUGCACCGUGUCGACACCAAUGGAGUCAUAUCUCGAACACUUAACCUGGGCUGCAUCAAUCGCCGUACCUACUCUGUUCCAGGACCCCACUUCCUGAUGCAUAUUGAUACGAACCAUAAGUUGAUCCGGUAUAAUAUUGUCAUAUUUGGAGGGAUUGAUGGGUUUUCCCGUAAGAUUAUGUAUCUGGGUGCAUCCUCCAACAACCUUGCAUCCACAGCUCUGGCUUUCUUCAACAGAUCAGCUGACAAGUAUGGUUUUCCUCAAAGAGUUCGUGGUGAUCAGGGGGUGGAAAACGUGGAUAUUGCCCAUCUCAUGUUCACAGCCCGUGGAACAGGAAGGAGCAGCUUUAUUUCUGGGAAAAGUGUACACAACCAACGCAUAGAAAGGCUGUGGAGAGACCUAUGGGUGACUGUAACAAGCAUCUAUUACGAUGUUCUCCACUACCUUGAAGAGGGCGGUUUUCUCAGCAUUGGGAGUCUUGUACAUCUCUUCUGUUGCCACUACGUGUUUCUGCCACGCCUACAGGAAGACCUGGACACCUUUCGAUGUGGUUGGGAUAACCACGCACUGAGAACUGAAGGCAACAUGACUCCAAACCAGCUGUGGGUUCUGGGUCAAACACACCACUCUAAUCCUGGACCAUAUCAUACAGAGGAUAUGGACCUGCCCCAUAUUGAAUGGGAAAACAGUGGGCUUCCUCAUGAUGAGCAUGCAGGCAUUGUGGUACCAGAUAUGUCCUCUCCUCUAACUGAUGAACAACUGACAGCUUUAAAGGAGGCUGUUUAA